AUGAAAACCGGUUCCUCGAGGCCGAAGACGAAGCCACCCCGCCAGGACGAGGGUACUUCGGCACAAGAGGGUACGCCGGUCGAUCGGCAGCUGGAGAGAAGGGUGGCGGAGGCCGAGCUGAUCCGGGAGGCCCAUCUCCAGGCGACCGAAAAUAGGGUGAUCGAGGGUGCCCUCGAUGUGACCCCUCUGUCGAAGAAGCCGAGGGGGUCGAAUGAGGAAGCAGCCGUUCUCGUGUCGGACGAGGAGGAUACCGAAGUGGAGCCGGUGAACAUCGCUUGCCCCCGGAAGGUGGUACCAUUCGUGAACUGCUUCAUCGACAGUGCUCAGAUGGAGCUCUCAGAGCUGGAGCAGCUGCCGAAGAAGUCGGUGCGCGAACAGGCCGGACAUGCCUUCCGCCUCCAAGCUGCCGCUAACAUGGAGAUGUGGCUCAGCAUGAAGCGGGCUAUGAAUACGGCCGAGCGCGUCCAGAAGAAGUAUGAGGAAGGCCAAGCCAAAAUUGCCGAGGCUGGGAAGCUACUCCAGGAUGCGGAUCGGCAUGCGGAGGAGAACGCUGCCAAGAUUGCCGAGCUAUCUUGUAGGCUGGCAGAGGCUAAGAGGGCAGUGGUAGAGGCCAAGGAGGCGAGGGCGGGGGCUGAGGCGGCGAAGGAGGAGGAGCUUCGGUCCCGGGCUAGGGAGGUGGAGGAGGCCAAGAAAAAGGCCAUAGCUGAGUAUCGAAGCUCGCCAGAGUUCAUUGCCCUCAUGGACAAGGAGGUGAUGGAGAAAUGCGAGGAUCUCAUCUACCGGUUCAAGCGCUUUAAUGAGGAUCUCAUCCGCCACCGUUGCCCGAGAGGGUAA